AUGAGAGAGGAGAGAAGAGAAAAGAAGAGGAAGAAGACAGGAGAACAAGAGGAGUAUAGGGCUGUCACAAACCCUAGGAGAGAGACAACUUACCUGGAGAUGCCACCGGAAGGUUGCUGGCCACCGGAGUUGGGGGUGGGGGUAGGUGAAGUAGGGGAAUUAUCAGAGAUAUUCCAAUGGAAAGGAGAGGUGGACAAAGGGUUGCCGAAUUGGGAGGAAUCAGAUAAAGAGCAUCUUGGAGAAGAGUUAUCUGAUGUAUUGCUUUGUCUAAUUAGAUUGCUUUGUCUAAUUAGAUUGGCUAAUAUUUGUGGCAUUGAUCUUGGUGAUGCUGCUGCUAAGAAAAUUGUCAAGAAUUCUAUCAAAUAUCCUGAGCCCAAAGUCUUUUGA